UUGAAAAAUGUUGAAAAAUGAUGUUUUAUAGAUGAAUGAAUUUAACAUUCAUGUGAAAAAUUAAACUUUCAUGAGUUUCUUGCUUCCAUUAAUAGGUGAAGAAGGAAGUUUUAGUCAUGGGUCUGUUAUUGAUGGAAGAUUUGAAGGAUUCAUAAAGACUCGUGGUGGCACAUUUUAUGUUGAGCCAGCAGAGAGAUAUAUUAAAGACCGAAUUCUGCCAUUUCACUCUGUCAUUUAUCAUGAAGAUGAUAUUAACUACCCUCAUAAAUAUGGUCCACCAGGGGGCUGUGCAGAUCAUUCAGUAUUUGAAAGGAUGAGGAAGUACCAGAUGACUGGUGUAGAGGAAGUAACACAGACACCUCAAGAAGAACACGCUGCUAAUGGCCCCGAGCUCCUGAGGAAAAAGCGCACAACUUUAGCUGAAAGAAACACUUGUCAGCUUUAUAUCCAGACUGAUCAUCUCUUCUUCAAAUACUACGGAACACGAGAAGCUGUGAUUGCUCAGAUAUCCAGUCAUGUUAAAGCGAUUGAUACAAUUUACCAGACCACAGACUUCUCUGGAAUCCGGAACAUCAGUUUCAUGGUGAAGCGCAUAAGAACAUUUCAACCUACGAAUGAAGAGGGACACUUCCCUUUUUAGUGAUGAAUUUAAAGUAGAAACAUCAAAUAAAGUACUUGAUUAUGAUACCUCUCAUAUUUACACUGGACAUAUUUAUGGUAAGUUGAAACUUCAUAGAACCCUUUUCUUUAUUUUUUUUCUACACAAGGAAAUGUAGGUUAAACAAAUAUUUCAGAAAAGGUGGUAUAAAUCCGGAAGAGAGAAAAGACAAGACUUCAGACUCUUGUGAAGGCAGAGAAAAAGACAAAAGCCCUUUCCAUUUUGCUCUCCCGAGUGUCAAGAGUCCUAGAAGAUUCUCAGAUCCUCAAGAAUCAAGCCUGCUGAUUUGUCAACCAGGGUCCUUGUCUGUGGAGGUCCAAGAAGGUCAGAAAGCAGUCCACUGCCUGUACUUAAGUUCAGAUUUGGAUGAUUCCUGGGUUAAAUGUUAGGUGAGAGACAUGUGCCUGCAGAGCAGGGAAAAAGAUACCCGGGUCUGACACCUACCCACAUUGAGAUGACCACUGGUGGUUGUUACCUGGGAGACUUCAUCUGCAGUACAAGACAAUCCUGGCGGACUGUGCACAUACUCCCCUACUAACUUUCAGGGACUGGGCCACCUCCCAUGUGCUAGAAACAGUCUCCCUAGAAAUAAGCUCUUCAUGAGGAUCAUCUAGCUGUCUUGCCCCUCUUUGAGCCUACACUUGCAUACCUGAGGCAUUGCGUAAA